AUGGCUGAGCCGGAACGGGUCCGCCUUCCCGCGCGGUCCACCCGCGGAAAACGAGUGUCGGAGCUGGUGGGGGAGGAUCUAGACGCGGAUGAGGAGUUUUGGAAUCAGAAGGCUUUCCAGGAGGAAGCAGAGGAUGUGGAGUAUGCAACGGAGGGCGAGGUGGAUGAGGACGUUUUCGACAGCGACUUUGAUGAUGACGAGCCAGAAAACGAGGAGGAGGAGCCUGGAGCAGAGGUGAAAGAAAGGUCUGCCUCUCCCGUUAUCCUCUCUCCUGCCGCAUCCCCUCCCUCGUCUCUCUUCCCAUGUCUACCAAGCGCCGUCUCCUGCCUCCUGGCACCAAGAAAGAAACCAAGGAGUCUGCAAAGAGGGCGAAGAAGGGCCUCCUUCAUUUCCCCUCAUCCUCUCCUUGCCUGCCCCACCUGCCCCACCUGCCCCACUCACCUGCCCCGCCUGCCCCACCUGCCCCACCUGCCCCACUCACCUGCCCCACCUGCCCCACCUGCCCCACUCACCUGCCCCACCUGCCCCACUCACCUGCCCCACCUGCCCCACUCACCUGCCCCACCUGCCCCACUCACCUGCCCCACCAGGCCUACCAAGCGCCGUCUCCUGCCUCCCGGCACCAAGAAACUUUCCAAAAAGCCUAAGAAACCUGCUAAGGCAGCAAAGAAGGGCGUUGGUGGAAGGACGCUUGUUGCAGAGAAGGGGAAAGCGAGCGGAAGGGUUGACGGGGAGGCGACAGGUGAUGGGGCGGAGGCUGAUAAGGGGAAGAGUAAAGCUGGGAAGAAGACUGGUGUGGGAAAGAGUAGGCAGAGACGUGAGUUGGCUCUUCUGGGAGUGGGGCGAGUGAAAUGGGAAGGGGCGGAGGGAGAGAUGCUGAACCGAGAGGCCCUGGCAGUGAUGCUGGCGAGGGAGGAGGAGGUGAAGCGGAAGGCCGUUGUGGAAAAGGCAAUCUUUGGUGGGCCGCAGAUCCGAUUCCACUCCAAGGACGGGAAGAACACCCUGGAGUUCACCAAAGUGGCGGCUGUUCCUCCAGAGAUCAACGCAAAGGCGCCUUCCUACCCUGCCAAGCCCACUUGUGUGAUCACAGGUCUACCAGCAAAGUACCGAGACCCACUCACAGGCCAGCCGUACGCCACUAUCAAGGCCUUCAAGGCCAUUCGCCAAAUGUCAAUGGCAGGAGGAGCAAGCAGCAAAGAAGAUACUUCCAGCCAGGAGCCACCGGCCGCUGCUGCUGCCAUUUCUAACGCUCAAAAUUUCUCCAUUCCUCUGUUCCUCCUUUCCACACUUCCUGGCUCUGUUGGCCCUCAGAUGGCAGAAGGAGCAAGCCGCAAAGAAGAGGCUGAGGAAAGCGGCAAAGGCGGAGGCGAGAAAGAGGGCAGAGGCAGGCAUGGGAGGGAAGGCAAUAUCCCAGGAGGGACAUGGGUCACAACAGGCUGGAAAUGA